GCUCAAACAAUCCUCAACCCCGACCAUUCGCUCGUCCCCAAUCAACAAAACCCAUCAAUUGAUUGGCCUCCUCCCGGUCAAUUCGCCUCGGACCUGGAAUUUUAUUACGAAAACAACAAAAGCACUUGCGCUAUAAUGGGCUUCACCCCCCGUGGAAGAGGCGGGGCAAGAGGAGGAGCUACUCCUAGAGGCGGCUCCCGUGGCAGCUCCCGUGGCGGUUCUCGUGGUGGAUUUGGCGGCGGUGUGCGCGGUACACCUCGCGGUGGUGGACGUGGUGGUGCACGCGGCGGCGGUCGCGGCCGCGGCACACCCAGAGGAGGCCGUGGAGGAGGACGAGGAGGCGCCGGGGGUGCUAAGGGUGGUGCUAGAGUUGUUGUUGAGCCUCAUCGUCAUGCCGGUGUUUUUGUCGCCCGUUCGAAGGAAGAUAUGCUGGUCACCAAGAAUCUCUCGCCUGGAGAGUCAGUCUACGGAGAGAAGCGUAUUUCACCGACGGCGCCUCCACCAAGACUGAAUACAGAGUCUGGAACCCUUUCCGUUCAAAGUUGGCCGCAGGUAUUUUGGGUGGUCUCGAUGAUAUCUUCAUUCAACCCGGUGCUAAAGUUCUUUACCUUGGCGCUGCCUCUGGUACUUCUGUUUCCCAUGUUGCUGAUAUUGUUGGCCCUACUGGCAAUGUCUAUGCUGUCGAGUUCUCCCACCGCUCCGGGCGUGACUUAA